AUGGUGUCUGACAACCCGUUAUCCGAUCUUGAUAUCUUCGACUUCACCUACACGGAAAGAGAUUUUUACGAAAUUGCCAAAUGGUCCGAGUUUUCUCAACGCUAUGGAAUUGACUUGAACAUGGAUGGAAGUGUUGAUCCAUACAUUGUUGAUCUUGUUAAGGUACCUUUUGAUGCAAAUGGACGAAAAAAAAAAGUUUUUUUUUUGCUUUCAGAAGGAACAUGAGAAGAAAAGAGUCAAGCCAGAAACUCCAAGUCUCGAUUUUCUAUUCGCCAAAAUGAUUGUUGCAGAAAGAUCAAGAAUCAUGACCAAGGCUGAUCUUGCAAGAGAAUUCAGGGAGAGAGAACUCAAAGUAAAUAGAAAUUAUCUAGAAAUUAAUCACAGAAAUAUACAAUUUCAGAAAUCAAACAAAAAGAAGAAUCGCGGCGCUGAUUCAUCGGUCCCAGAUCGAUCAUUCUACUCAUCCGACCAGUGUGUUCCAUAUUUUCUUCAAAAACAACGCGAGAUUGAUGAGCUCUGCCGCAUUCUUGAUAGAGUUUGUCUCAAAAUCAUCCUCAGAUUGUUAUCACUUAAAACAUUUUUCCAGGAGCUUGGAAUUCAACGUCAUUUCUUGCCCGAACUUGGUAGAACUAGACAACAAACUGCCGCUAAUCAACGUCCAAAAAGAACUAUUCUUGGAAGAAUUCAAACUAAUGGACAACACAAAUAA